AUGUCUGGCCAAUUUCCCGGAGGGUAUCAGAGCCCUAGCGGCCAUCGGGGCAAUUACAACAGUCCCAUGAUACAACAGCAACUAAAUCAGAUGAAUGUCCCUAACCAAAUGGGGAUGAUGGGGUUCAACCAAAGCAACGUUAUGAACAACGCACAAAUGCAAGGUCUUCCCGGUCAGGGAAAUCAAGAAAUGGGUCUCAAUCCCAAUAUGAUGCAGCAAAACCAACAACAGCAAGGUGCACAAGGAAUGCAAUCCAACCCACAGCAACUACCUUCGAACCAACACCAGCAGGGACAAAAUCAAAUGGUUGGACAAAAUCCUGGUCAGGCUGCCACACAAAUGGGCAUGCAGCAGCCCGGCGGCAACGUGGGCCCCGGAAACGUGAUGAACAACCCGCAAUCUCAGAGCCAAGCAGUUCCACCAAAUCAACCGGGUGGGGUUACCGCUGUUCAGCAGCAACAAAAAGCGGAAUUCAACCUGCUUUCGCUGUGCCGAAUCGGACAGGAAACCGUGCAGGAUAUCGUGAGUCGGUUUCAAGAAGUGUUUGGAAUAUUACGCUCCAUACAACCUCCCAACGGCACGAAUCAGGGACAGCUAUCGAGCAAUGACAAAAAAGCAAAGGUUCAGGAGCAAUUUCGCACGAUUCGAUUGCUUUUCAAACGUCUGCGAUUGCUGUACGACAAGUGCAACGACAAUUGUCAGCAAGGUAUGGAAUACACGCACGUGGAAAGCUUGAUUCCGCUGAAGGGUGAAAUCGAACGUACAGAACCGGUGCACACGGAGGAGUACAAGAAAGCACUGCAGGAAAAUCGGGAGCUAGUUGCGAUGGUUCAGCUGAAGAACAAACAACUGCGCGAAAUCAUAGACAAAAUUCGACUGACCAUAUGGGAGAUUAAUACCAUGCUCAGCAUGAGGCGAUGCUAAUAGAACUUUUUCAUGUAUUAUAACAAUAGUUUAAGAUGAUACGCUAAAUUAAUUAACUAAGCAAAUAUUC